CGCCGUCUGGGUGCCUCGCAGCGUCGCCGUCGCGACGCCCGGCCGCCGCUCCGCCGCCCUGCCAGGACAAUUUGGUAGUGCGUGCCUUGAAACCGGCCAGGCUGAGACAGGCUAAGCCCCUGCACUCCAAGGCCCUCACCAAGCAAGCAAGCAGGCCGUGCUUGGCCGUGCCAGCAACUGCAGGCAGCGACCAGCGGACUGCUCGAUCAACGCGCAAUUCUGGGACCGGCUCGCCGGGACGGGGACGCCGGGACGCCCACGUCGGACUCGAUAAGAAGAGUUUCCCCCGCCGUCGCCGGUAGGCUGUCAUGAACGAGAUGCCGGGAGAGACCAGCGAGCACCACAGCAUGCCAAUGGGGUUGCCGAUGGGCCACCCCAUGGCCCAUCCCAUGGCCCACCCGAUGGCCCACCACAUGCCCCACCCCAUGGGCCACCCCAUGGGCCACCACAUGGGCCACCACAUGCCGCACCCCAUGGGCCACCCGAUGGUGCACCCCAUGGACCCCUCCAUGGGGCUGGCGAUGGGCCACAUGCCCCUGGAGGUGCAGGUGCAGGUCCAGGCCGAGGACGGGGAGGACGAGGAGGCGGAGCAGGCUCCGCCGGGCGAGACGCGCCGCGAGGCCAUGCUGCGCAUCAAGCGCGAGCGCGAGAGGGACCGCCGGCGGCGCCUGGCCAGGGACCCGGACGCGCUGGAGCGCAAGCGGCAACGCGAGCGCGAACGCCGCCGCCGCGUCACCGCCGACCCGAGCGCGCUGGAGCGCAAGCGGGAGCGCGAACGCGAGCGGCGCCGGCAGCUGGUCGUGGACCCCGCGGUGCUGGAGCGCAAGCGCAUCCGCGAGCGCGAGCGCCGGCGCCGCAUCGAGGCGGACCCCGUGGCGCUGCAGCGCAAGCGCGAGAUGGAGCGCGAGCGGCGCCGGCGCCUCGAAGCGGACCCCGCGGCCCUGGAGCGCAAGCGGGAGCGCGAGCGAGAACGCCGCCGCCGCCAGGAGACCGACCCCGCCGUGCUGGAGAGGAAGCGCGAACGCGAGCGGGAGCGCCGCCGUCGCCUGGAGUCCGACCCCGCGGCCUACGAGCUCAUGAAGCUGCGGCGCCGCCUGUUCGAGUCCAACCCCGCCGUCCUGGAGAGGAAGCGAGAGCGCGAGCGGGAGCGGCGCCGGCAGCUCGCCACGGACCCCUCCGUGCUGGCCAGGAAGCGGGAGAAGGAACGCGACCGACGACGACGCAUCGCCGCCGCCAACGCCACGGCCGCGUCGCUCAGCCUCAGCAUCGAGGAGGGGCAGGGCGAGAUCCAGGUGACCGAGCCGCCGGUGGUGCACGCGCACAUGCAGGGCCACGUCGGCCACCUCGGCCACGCCGGUCACCUCCACGCCGCGCACGGCCACGCCUUCCCCGGACUCCUGCAGCACCAGCCGCCCCCCAGCGACGCCAUGGCCGCCGCGGGCUGGUACAGGACGGAGUACAAGACGGAGAGGGACCCCGACGACUGACGGACUGACCCACCGGGAUGGUCCUCAUCAUGAAGGGGCUGAAGGCGGCACGUGAAACUGCGCGGCCCGAGACCCCACACCCCGGCCACACCCACCGAGACGCGAGGCCGGCCAGCUCGGCGAGGAUCCGCUAGGAGCGCCGCGAGGCAGCGAGGCACGCGGUCGCUGCAGGGACGGCGCCGGACUUGGACUUCCCUAAGGGCUCCGGACUCGCCCCCGCCGCGGCCCCGCGCCCACGGCCUGCACCAUGUAGCCCGCCGCCCCGCCGGACUGCAGGGACGCCUCCAGGGACUCCAGGGACUCCAGGA